AAGAAAACAUUUAUCGAUCGAAUUUGUACCAUCUCACCACGUCGCUAUCGUUCGAAAAAAACAGCAAACCAAGAAUGCCGUCGACAUCCCUACCGUUCCUGUACCAUACGAGGACAAUCCUCCGUACCAACCCUCGAAAGGCCGUAACCUUCGCCCGCGCCCUACAUGCUACCAACCGACAAUGCGUCAAAGGAAGCGAUGACAUCCCCUUCGUUUUCAACUCCGAGGAAGAGGAAAUCCUCUCAACCCCCCCGCCUAAGCCGCCUCGUCGCGCAACCAUCACCCCCUACGAGCGCCAGAUUUUCGAGCGCAUCUUCGCCGACAUAAAAGCCCGCGGCCUCAAACCUAGCUACUAUAAGGAAACGCCGUCCGACCGCUCGACCAUGCUUAUCAUGCAACAAGCCGCCCAAGACGCAGGCCAAUCCCGUCCCGCGACCGUCGCAGCCCCGGGCCUCCUCGCAGGCGCCGCUAAAGACCGCCAGAAGGCGCUUCUCCGAUUCCCGGCCGAGUUGCGCGCCGCGGCUAGUCGGGCCCUCGAUACGAUUCACGCUACGGCGCCUCCUGGCGAGGAGGACUCGUUCACGGUUGACGAGGGUAGGAAGAAGGCUACGGCUGAUGAGGGCUGGAAGACUCCGGCCCAUACUAUUAAUCGUACUCUGGAGCUGGAGGCGAAACGCCGUCCUGAGCGCGUUCGUGUGGAGGGGUUGAUUUUUAAUGCGCGGACUGAUUUUGAGCUUUGGGAUGUUUUGGAGAAGGAGGUUUUUACUAUGCCGGCUAGGCUUGGGAUUGGUAGGAAGGUUAAAGUGGAUGAGGAGGUAGAGGAGGUGGUGGAGGUGGUGGAGGAAGGGGAGGAUGUUGCGGUUGAUGAAGUGGCGAGCGAGUCCGAAGAAGCUAUUGAUACUCCCGAAAGUAGCGAAGUCCUCGAAAGCGCACUAGAGGAUAACCUGGCAAAGGCAGAGGAUGCGCUGGAAGCGACAGAAGAUACAUUGGAAGAGACAGAAGAUGCGGCUGCCGAUCCGAUCACUAACAACAACAUCCCACCAGAAGAGUUAAGUCUCUAUAUCUAUGGUCCGCUUUACCCGGCCUACCUUCUCCUUGCCCUCCGCCGUCUGGAUACCGCCUUCAGCGUGCCCUCUCCACUGGUAUUUUCACUCCUUCCACGGAUCAAGGAGCUCGGACUAGAGUCAUAUAUCCUCGGCGUAUCAACACCAUUCUACAACGAUCUCCUAGAAAUUCACUGGAAUCAUCACGGGGACUUGGUUGGAAUUCUAAAUCUUCUAGAGGAGAUGCGCUAUUGCGGUCUAUACUUCGAUGAGCAGACUGCGUCUAUCUUGAACCAAGUCGAUGCCGCGGCGACUGGAUUGGCUACGAAGGUGACUUCCGGUUCCUUUACGAGGGCUCUGAUGACUAUGCCUGAUUAUGAGCGGUCUGUUCGGGAUCGCCUUAGGCAUUGGCAUCGCAUUGUGGACUUGUCGAUUAAGGAGAAGGAAAAUGAUAUCGGAUAUUAAGUCUAUGGUCGUUUAUGGGCUGUUGAUCUGUAUCGUAGCUGAUAAAUAGUAACCCCGCUCAUAACGUUAGGGUUUGUAUGAAUGUAUUAUUGUGAGUUAUGCCCUACCUUCACUAU